UCAUCCCUCCGUGCCUGUCCGAGAUCCUUCCAAGUAUAAAUAUAGCUCGUCCAAGCUGCAAGAUCCGCUCGGUAAAUGCCCAUUCUACUCUGAGAUGUAGUUUAAGUGCCCCGCUGAUCAGACGUGCCACUGCCGUAACGAGACCUGUGCAAUAUGUCGUCCAUGGUAUACUUCGACUGGCUGGACUAUAUGGUGUUCGGGGCCAUGCUGGUACUUUCGGCACUAAUCGGCAUUUACUUUGCUUGCUUUGCAAGCAAGAAGCAAAAUACCACGGCCGAGUACCUGAUGGGAGGCAAAACUAUGGGCAUGUUCCCAAUAUCUAUGUCGCUGAUAGCCAGUUAUGUAUCCGGCAUCUCCCUGCUGGGACUGCCUGCAGAAAUGUACACAUACGGAACACAGUUAUGGGCUGUAGUAUUUUCAGAAUGGGCAGUAUCUGUUGCCAUUGCUUUCAUUUAUCUUCCUGUUUUCUACAAUCUUCAAAUAACAUCUACAUAUGAGUACUUACGUCUGCGAUUUUGCCACAACGUUAGGCUACUGGGAUCAAUAAUUUUCAUUGUGAAAAUGAUGCUCUACAUUCCAAUAGUAAUAUAUGUGCCGGCUUUGGCAUUUAGUCAAGUUACCGGAAUCAAUCUUCACUUAAUUACACCAAUCGUAUGCAUCGUUUGCAUAUUUUACACCACUGUAGGGGGACUUAAAGCAGUCGUGUGGACGGACACCCUUCAAACGGUACUCAUGUAUUUUGGCGUUAUAUUCGUGUUGAUGUAUGGAACAUGGAGACUCGGGGGGGUGAAGAAUGUCAUUGCUAUAAACGAGGAAGGGGAGCGACUGGAGUUUUUCAAUAUGGACCCCGACCCAACUAUAAGGCACACAUUCUGGACAACGGUAUUCGGCAAUUUCUUCAGUUGGCUCGCGUCAUGUUCUGUCAAUCAGGCGAUGAUGCAGAGAUGUCUGGCUUUAUCGUCAUUGAAAAGGGCGCGUAUAACUAUAUUCAUAAUGGCCGCUGGUAUCUACAUGAUAGUGAGCCUCUGCUGUUACACCGGCCUAGUGAUUUACGCCACAUUUGCGAGCUGCGACCCGCUUCAGACCGGGGCGAUCAGGAAGAGUGAUCAGCUGCUUCCAUACUUCGUGAUGCAGCUCACUGGAACAAUACCGGCGCUGCCAGGAAUUUUUAUGAGUGGGGUAUUUAGCGCAGCCUUAAGUUCAAUGUCAACGGGAUUAAACUCACUCUGCGGUGUAAUUUUUGAGGAUCUUAUCAGACCCGCCUACAACAAGCCAAUAUCAGAGAAAACUGCAAGCUUCAUCAUGAAAAUCAUCGUUGUAGUAAUUGGUGCCAUUUGUGUCGUGCUCGUAUUUUUGGUAGAACACAUGGGCGCUUUGAUUCAGGCUGGUAAGAGCUUGGCUGGAAUCACUGCAGGCAGUCUACUAGGACUGUUUUCUAUGGGUCUGUUUUUACCUUGGACUAACUCAACGGGGGCCCUCGCAGGUGGUCUAGUUUCCACUAUGUUUGUCGGCUGGAUGUCCAUCGGCACGCAAGCCGCGAUGAUGAGAGGGGACAUCGUGUUUCCAACAAAGCCCGUGUCGGUCGCUGGGUGCGAGGCAAACGUCACCCUGCCGACAUCACCUGUAUCGAUGGCUCACACCGUGGAAUUUGACCGGUCGGGGACAUUCUUCCUGUACAGAUUGAGUUAUUUAUACUACACGUUCGUUGGGAUGAUUGUCUGCGUAAUGGUGGGCGUCGUGGUAUCAUAUUUCACGCAGCCAAAUGAUCCGGCGAUGGUUCACCGGGACCUCCUGACGCCGAUCAUCCACCGCUGGCUGCCGCCGCAGCACCCGUACUGCCGGCGUCCGCGGCUCACGCAGCACGACAUCGAACUCAACGCCCGAGAGAUGUCUCAUCUGCGUGCACACGCUUUUCCUAAGGCGACUGAUGUUAGAGAUCCGGGUUUUUUCUCCAACAACAACUCGGAUCCAGCUAGGUUACGCCCUUCUUAAAUCAUAAUUACUUAGAUUCAUUUAAGUAUAUUAGUAUAUAAUGUAUAAUG